GGAUGCCUGGGAUGACAGCUUAUGCUGGUUUUCAUGAGGUUUGCUCCCCCAAGAAGGGGGAAACUGUCUUUGUUUCAGCUGCAUCUGGAGCAGUUGGUCAGCUCGUUGGGCAAUUUGCAAAGAUGCUGGGUUGCUACGUUGUUGGUAGUGCUGGAAGCAAAGAAAAGGUUGAUCUGUUGAAGAGCAAAUUUGGUUUUGACGAAGCUUUUAACUAUAAAGAGGAGCAGGAUUUAAGUGCAGCUUUGAAGAGGUACUUCCCUGAUGGAAUUGACAUCUACUUUGAGAAUGUGGGAGGGAAGAUGCUUGAUGCAGUUCUUGUGAACAUGAAACUCUAUGGCCGUAUUGCUGUGUGUGGGAUGAUUUCGCAAUACAACCUUGAGCAGACUGAAGGAGUGCACAACUUGUUUUGCCUCAUCACAAAACGAAUCCGCAUGGAAGGAUUUCUUGUUUUUGAUUACUAUCAUCUUUACCCCAAAUAUUUGGAAAUGGUCAUUCCUCAAAUAAAGGCAGGCAAGGUUGUUUAUGUGGAAGAUGUUGCCCAUGGCCUUGAAAGUGCUCCCACUGCUCUAGUUGGUCUCUUCUCUGGUCGCAAUAUUGGAAAGCAAGUCGUGAUGGUUUCGCGUGAAUGAAUGUCACCAAUGGAUAUCUUGCCGUGAUAUUUGUGUUUAAUAAACUUUCCCUUUUGUAGUAGAGCUGUUUGUAUUUACGCGCUUUGAAUUAUCAUUGGUUUUGUUUAAUUGCAUUGUGUAUCUGCUUCAGGGAAAAAGAACGAACUAGAUCAAUAAUUUCUGGCCAGUCUAUGUUUUGUUCAUGAUCAUUCCA